AUGUAUCCGACGAACUGGGCAACAUUUCUUUACCUUGUCUUCAGUGUGCUCCAUUGGUGUUUGCAACGAGAAGUUGAGGCUUUGGUUGGAGUAGAUGAGUGCAAGAUGACGAAGAUGUUACACGUACUCAAAGCUAAUGGAUGCCUACCCAGACGAAUCCCGAGUUUCAUCUGCCAUGGACGUUGUAGUAGCUACAUACAGGUUUCUGGCUCCAGAAUGUGGCAAAUGGAGAGAAGCUGCAUGUGCUGUCAGGAGAGCGGCGAGCGCGAAGCAACUGUUUCUCUCUUCUGUCCCAAAGAAAAACGAAAGUUUCGAAAAUGGAUCAGGAACAGAGAUAAUAAGGGAGAUCUCUCACGGCAAUGUAAACGUUUCGACCAGAGAUUAUAGAGAAGAUGAGCAG